AUGCCAGCUUCCAACCUCAGUGAUGACAGUCUGCCAGCCACUCUGUUCCUGACAGGGAUCCCAGGGCUGGAGUGGGCCCACAUCUGGAUUGCCAUCCCCUUCUGUGCUAUGUAUCUGGUAGCUCUGGCUGGGAAUGCUGCCCUCAUCCUGGUCAUUGUGACGGACGAUGCCCUUCAUGCACCCAUGUACCUCUUCCUGUGCCUUCUCUCACUCACUGACCUGGCUCUCAGCUCCACCACUGUGCCUAAAAUGAUGAGCAUUUUGUGGCUCCAUGCUGGUGAGAUUUCCUUUGGUGGGUGCCUGGCACAGAUGUUUUGUGUCCAUUCGAUCUAUGCUCUGGAGUCCUCGGUUCUUCUUGCCAUGGCCUUUGAUCGUUAUGUGGCUAUCUGCAACCCACUGAGAUAUACAAUCAUCCUCAACCAUAGCAUCAUAGGCAGAAUUGGCCUUACUGGCAUACUCCGGAGUAUAGCUGUUGUCUCUCCAUUCAUCUUUUUGCUGAGGCAACUGCCUUACUGUGGUCACCAUAUCAUGGCACACACAUACUGUGAGCAUAUGGGCAUUGCUCGCCUGGCCUGUGCCAACUUCACUGUCAAUAUUGUCUAUGGGCUGACUGUGGCCCUGCUGGCCGUGGGUCUGGAUUGCAUCCUCAUUGCCAUUUCCUAUGGCUUUAUCCUCCAUGCUGUCUUCUGCCUGCCAUCUCAAGAUGCCAGGCACAAGGCUCUGAGUACCUGUGGCUCCCACCUCGGAGUCAUCCUGGUCUUCUACACUGCCUUCUUCUCCUUCCUCACCCACCGCUUUGGCCAGAACCGAGUCCCCAAGAGUGUGCACAUCUUUCUGACGAACCUCUAUGUGCUGGUGCCUCCUGUGCUCAACCCAAUCAUCUAUGGGGCUAGGACCAAGGAGAUUCAGAGUUGACUUCUGAGACUGCUUCACUUGGGGAAAAUUUUAACAUGA